GCUGAAACUGUCUUGAUUUUGAGCUGAGUAUCAACUUGGGUUUUCCUUUGGGCCACACCACGCGCGAACCUGGCAAUAUGGCGGAUGCUAUGAAUAUUGAUUCCGAGGAAACCAGAAGUGUCAGCAAGCCCACUCCUGGCGUCAAAUCUCGAGCGAAACUUUUGAAGCGACUCAAAAGUGAUGCAGCGCAAAAUGAUCGCCAAAAGUUUUUUCUAAAGAGUCAACCAGAGGUGCGAUCGACCUUUGAAAGUGAAACUUGGAAAGUAUUGGAAAGCUCUAUCAAUGCCAUACAAACUGGCGUUCCGGUUACAGAAAGCUUAGAGCUGCUAUAUCAGUCCUGCCUGAAUCUUUGCAGACUGAGCAAAUCACAAUAUUUGUAUAAUCAUUUAUGUAAACAGUGCCAGCAGAGGAUAAAGGCGGAUAUCGAACGAUUGUCUCACACAAUGGCUAGUGGAGCCUUUCUUAAGCUGGUAAAGGAUUAUUGGACGAGUUUUCAGGAUCAAAUGACUAUGAUUCGCAGCAUUUUCCUCUACUUGGACCGAACAUAUUUAAUUCACGCAACGGAGUACUCUUCCAUUUGGGAUCUUGGCCUUUACAUCCUUCGUACGGAACUAAUGAGUGAGGGUAAAGUUUUGAAUCGACUAAUCGAAUCUUACCUUGGUUUGAUUUCACAAGAAAGAGGUGGUAAUGCAAUCGAAUGGUUAGACCUUCAAUCAAUAUCUCGGAUGUUCACAGACCUUGGCAUCUAUAAUACUGUUUUUGAACCAGCUUUCUUGGAUCAGACGAAGCAAUAUUAUAGCUCAGUAGCUGCGUCAAAGAUUGAAUCACUUUCAGGAAGUGCAUUCGUAUCCUGGACAGUACAGGCGCUGAAAGACGAGACAGAGGACAGAAUCAAUCGGUAUAUCGACGUCAGAUCCAAGACGAAGGUUGUAAAGACAGUUGAAGACUCGAUUAUCUUGGAAAACGUUGAUCUUAUCAUAUCAAAAGCGUUCAAACCUGCCAUUGCGAUGGGUGAUAUGCGGAAUCUUCGGCAACUUUAUGAUUUAUGUCGACGAGUAUUGUGCUUGCGGAAGCUGUGCACGUCUUUUUCAAGCUAUGUAAAGGAAUCUGGAUUGGUCAUUAUCCACGACGUCUCCGACUCCAAUGCUACUGUAACAGCGAUUCUUGAAUUCAAGCGAAGAAUGGAUUCGAUCGUGAAAGAGUGCUUCAACAACGAUCUUAUGUUUCUAGAUGCGCUGAAGGACAGCUUUACCAGCUUCCUUAAUUUUCAACCUAACAAAGCGGCGGAAAUCAUAGCUAAAUUUGUUGACAGCAAACUACGCAACAGCUCAAAGCAAAAGGAGACGUUUGAUGAACUGGAUGAAUUGUUUGAUCAUGUUUUGACCAUAUUCCGCUACGUACAAGGAAAGGAUAUGUUUGAUGCCUUCUUUAAGAGGGACCUUGCAAAGCGCUUAUUACUUGGAAGAAGUAUAUCGGCCGAUGCAGAAAGGACCAUCUUAACAAAGUUAAAAUUGGAGUGUGGCCCGUCCUUUACUAGUAAAGCGGAAGGGAUGCUAAAGGAUAUGGAUGCAUCCAAGAAGCUGAUGAAGGAAUUCAAGACGAGUCAUCCUUUGGAGGCAUUCAACGUCAGUAUAUUGACGCAAGGUUACUGGCCGGUGUAUCCACAAUCAGCUCUAAAUCUCCCACCUGAAAUACUGGAAUGGCAUAUUGCAUUUCAAACAUUUUAUAACAACAAAUACAGCGGUCGAAGGCUCAAAUGGCAAUCUUCACUAGGUUAUUGUCUACUUAGGGCCAAUUUUCCGUUGGGACAACGUGAAUUGUCGCUCAGUCAAUUCCAAGCGGUAAUGCUACUGCUAUUCAACCGUAGAGAUACAUAUUCGUUCACUGAGCUUUUCAGCGAGACUGGAAUUGAGGAAGCAGAGCUUGCCAGAACCGUCCAAAGUCUGUGUUUCGGGCCUCACAAAAUAUUACUGAAAACUCCUCCAGAUCCGACAAUCAAGCCAACAGAUACGUUUUCUGUGAAUGAGCAGUUCGAAGCACCUACAUUCCGACUGAAAGUGAGCAGCUUGAUGACAAAGGAACCAGUCGAGACGAAUAGUGCCAUUAGCAAACAGGUGAUGCAAAAUAGACAGUACCAGAUAGAUGCGGCCAUCGUUAGAAUAUUGAAAGCAAGAAAGGAGCUUCCUCACGAUCAACUCUGCCAGGAAACCCAGAGUCAAUUGAAUUUCCCUGCUGGAUCAGCGGAUAUCAAGAAACGCAUAGAAUCUCUGGCAAGCAGAGAAUACCUUGAAAGGAUAUCAGAUGAUGAAAAUAUGCUGCUUUAUCGUUAUAUUUAGAUAAUGCUGGAGGACUAAUACCUGACAAAAAUCACAUUCAAUAAACAGGACAACCUUCCAAAAAAGUGAC